AUGCCCGCGCGACUUUCCCGCGUUUCCACGGGCGCCUCAACCGUGGCUGCCCCGUCCUCGUCCACCGGACAACUGCAGGGUCGCCGUGCUGCCUACAAAGUGAUCCCGUCAUCCUCACGUCCCGCCCUUCGCUCCCCAGGCAACUAUGGUGGCCCCAUCUAUGGCCCAAGUGUCCCACUCUCCGCCGGAUCCCUGACUAGCCAGCCCAUGAUGGCAGGGCGAAGCAGCAAGAUGAGCUUCUUCGAAGCCCUGGAGCAAUUAGACCAUCUGGACGAGUCAUCAGUCUCCGAGGAAGACUCGGACUCCCUGGAGGAUCUGCUCACGGCCGCAAAACACCCCGAGAUUCUGGAUCUGACCAGUGACUCGCCACGUGCUCAUCGGGUCAUGCUUGCUCGUGCGCAAACCGAGCCUGGGCCCUCGUAUACAGAGACAGAACUAUCGCAGGACGCAUAUAAAGCCCAAGACAACCCCAGGCGAACGCCCAUGCAUCCAUCCGACCCGAACAUGAGACCGAUCAAACGCGCUCUGACAACCGGAACCAUGCCCGGAGCAGGUGCGAAAUCCAGCGAUCCGCCUGCUGGAAAGAAGAGGAAAUCCACUACCGACAUCUCCCCGGCCGUACCGGAGGAGCAGCGGAUCUUCAAAGAAUUAGUGUUCUUCUUCUUCCCGAACAAUGUCAUUUCUCCCUCGCGCCGUCUGCGCAUCCAGCGGGCGCGGGAAUAUGGCGCCCACUGGGCGACUGAGUGGGCAGCCAAUAUCACACAUGUGAUUGUUGAGAAAGGCCUCGGUUAUCAAGACCUUCUCAAGUUCCUCAAGCUCGCGUCACUUCCGGAAAACGUCGCUCUGGUGAACGGGGUGUAUAUAUCAGACUGCAUUAGAUUCCGCUCAGUGCUGAGCCCUUUACAGGGGCGAUUCCGUGUAGAGGGGUCGCCGGUGGUCUCUAAGCAUGUCGGGCCCGUGGCUCCUGUUGAGUCGUGUGAGGUGGAAUCUUUGGUUUUGAAGCCUUCACGGCGUGAGGUGAAACAGACGCCGGAGUCCUCUCAGCAGAGUAAUUCAGGUAUUACAGGUACGACGGUGGUCCCAGCUGCUUUGGAACCGGCCACCAGGGAAUCUUUUCAAGAAGGCGGGAGUGAAACGGAGAGGCGUGAUCGUGAUGUGCUUGAUGAUCUUAUUGAUCAAGCUAGAGCUGUGCAGCACUUGCCUCUCGAUCCGAUCGACUCCCCCGACGAGGAGUCUGCAGAGGAGUCCGAGGAAGAGCCCGAACCAUUAGAAACACCCGGCCCAGAUCGAAUCACACAGGACACGUCUCCAGCACACCCCUCAGCCAGGGAUUCCUGGGCUCGAAGCUUUGCGUGCAUGCAAAAGUUUGACCCCGGUGCAAAACGGGACAACCCAAACAGCAGGACCAUCCAGAUUCUCCAACAGAUGCUGGACUACUAUACACGGACCGCGGACCCUUGGCGCACACUCGCUUAUCGGAAAGCGAUCAAUGCGUUGCGCCGACAAAGUAAACGUAUAAUGACACGCGCCGAAGCCUUGUCUAUUUCUGGCGUGGGCGCGCGACUGGCUGACAAGAUCGAAGAAAUUGUCCUGACCGACCGCCUCCGCCGCCUGGACAAUAUCAAUGACCAGGAAGAAGAGCGUAUUAUCCAGGAGUUCCUGGGCGUCUACGGUGCAGGGCUUGUCCAGGCGUCCAAGUGGGUGGCGCAAGGGUACCGGUCGCUCGACGAUUUGCGGGAGCGGGCGCCUCUGACCAAGAGCCAACGCAUCGGCGUGGAGCGUCACCACGACUUUGCACAACGGAUCCCGCGCAAGGAGGUCGAAUCCCACGGGGCGAUUGUGCGACACGCGGUCCAGGCGGUGGACAGGGACAUGCAGGUGAUCAUCGCCGGCUCUUACCGCCGCGGGGCUUCGUCCUCGGGCGACAUCGACCUGCUCAUCACGAAGCCAGACGCGACGCUGGAGCAGAUCCGUACGCUGGUCGUGGAUGUGGUGGUGCCGCGGCUGUUCCAGGAUGGGUUUCUGCGAGCCAGUCUGGCAACCUCGCGCCGGACGGGGGAUGGAUCCAAAUGGCACGGUGCGUCUGCCCUCCCCGGGACGGAUGUAUGGCGUCGCAUCGAUCUGCUGUAUGUGCCGGGCGCGGAGUUUGGGGCCGCGCUGCUAUAUUUCACCGGGAACGAUAUAUUUAAUCGGAGUAUGCGACUGCUGGCGCGCAAAAAGGGCAUGUGUCUCAAUCAGCACGGCCUGUUUCAAUGUGUGCUGCGCGAUUCGGCGCGCGUUAAGGUCAAUCCGGGCCGACUCGUCGAGGGCCAUAAUGAACGCCGGAUCUUUGCGGUUCUCGGAGUACCCUGGCGACCUGCUGAGGAACGGACUUGCUAG